GUGAGACGGCGACCAGUGUGUCAGUGGCGAAGUACCGGCCGCCGCCGCACAGUGCCUUGUUCGCGCGUGGGAGGCGAGGUCGUUCACUGACCUAGGUUCGAAUACCGGACUAAGCUUUCCUUUUUCGCGGCCCCCGUCCGCCAGGGAAUGCGUGGCCUUUGGUGACAGCAGCAAGCAUGGGCGGGUCACGCAGGGCUGUGGAGGAGGCCGUCGACGAGGAGUCGGCCGAGGAGCAGGACCUGUUCGAGGACGCCGUCGACUCCGGCACUGACGGAAUCGAGCAGGUGUUUCGCAAGAUGGCCGCGGAGGCGAGGGCCUGGAGCCUGGACGGCGAGCUCGCCAGGAACAAGGACAUCACCGCGGCUGACGUCAGGGGGCUGCGGUCCUGGUGCCGCGAGAACAAAGUCCUGCCGGACAUCGGCGGUGAGCACCACCACUACUCGCUGCUCGUCGCGUUCCUGCACGCGUGCCGCGGCGACGCGGAGCACGCCAAGACCGUGCUGCGCGUGUACGAGUCGGUGCGCACCAAGACGCCCGAGGUGUUCACCGAGCGCUCCGUGCACUGCGAGGAGGUGCAGCGGGCCAAGGGCAUCGGCUACUUCUGCCUGCUGCCCAAGAAGACGCCCGAGGGCUUCCGCGUCAUGGUGCAGGCGCUCCGGAACCCCGACCCCACGCACUUCGUGUACUCCUCGUCCAGCAAGGCGCAGUUCCUGACCAUGGACGCCGCCGUGCUGGCCGAGCCCACCGCCGAGGGCUACGUCUGCAUCUUCGACAUGAAGGGCGUCCAGCUCAGCCACAUGUGGGCCUGGGGCAUCCGGCUGCCCAGGAAGAUCUUCAAGUAUCUGCAGGAAGGCCUGCCGCUGAGGAUGCAGCGGAUCCACUUCGUCAACACGACGACCCUGAUGGACCGCAUCAUGAAGAUGCUGCGGCCCUUCAUCAACAAGGAGCUAACGUCAAUAUUUCAAUUUCAUACCAGUGAGGAGGAGGCUGGACUCCACGAGUUCAUUCCGAAGGAUUGUUUGCCUGCAGAUUACGGAGGUUUCCUACCUCCCUUAGAAAAAUUACAAGGUUACACUGACACGUUUCUAGCGGAAGUGGAUUCCCUUCUGGACCCGCAGCACACGGAAGCACUGGCUGGUAAAGGUUGAACCUUCAUAACGUCUUGUCGUGUCCCUGUCGCUUUGUCACACACGAGCCCUUUUGUUUUUGUUGAUUGUUGAAUUUCACGUGACUGUGUUUUUGUCAGUUGUAUUUCCCCCCAAACCGUCUUAUCAAAUACACUAGAAUAGAGCUAUCUAUUUGUAAGAUUUAUAUCGUUUAAUAAAGAAUUCCAUCAUUUCCAUC